AGGGCAAUCUCAAAUGACCUCGACGCCGUGUCGUGGAUGUUGAAAGAAAGAAUGUGGCAAAGGAUGACAACCGGUGCCGUUGAUGAGAGUGAAAGGCCUUGGGGCCGGGGAAGCCGCUAGUUAAAGCCUUAAAGGUUUCAGUGGACGAUUAGGUUUGAAUCCUGCCCAGUGGCAGUCGAUCAGGCUAGUAAGGGCUCCCGAGGCUCCCGCCAAAACUCUCAAGCGAUGUGUCAAGCGAAUUCCGGGCCUCGAGGGGCCUCUUUUGGCGAUGCUUUUCAGAAGGCCCGGAUUUUCUCGCCUAGACUUUGUUGCCCGCCACAAGUUGAGACCCAUACUAAUACAAAAUGCUCGGCGCAUCAUGUCAGUGCGACCAAGCACACUCCUCGACGCAGGCUGGUACCGAUAAACACCAUCGCGUCUAUGGCAAACACACACCGGAGAAGACGACGCUGAAGGAUGAUACACUGGGACGCUACGGAUGAAUAUGUCCUCAAGCGCAGGGGACUCGGCUGCGCAAGCCUUCUUCCCCCGUGCCGACUCUCCAGCGACCGCCAGAGAUCCUGAUCAAUCAGUCAAGGAACGACCACACAGCGUCGGGCCUGUCUUCGAUCACAAGCAUGCAAACGACCCCUUGCUUCAGUUCGACAGUCACGUCCACGAGUCUGUCUAUGGCAAAGAUCCAACCGAGGCUCCAGAGGCUGCUCCUCCUCCACAACCGGAAUGGCUUCACGAUCGUUACCUAUCCCCCUCGCUAACUCACAACGAGCGCUUGAGGUUGACUGUGCUAUGGUACUACACAAGACUCAUCACUCAAGAUGACCAAUUGAUGACCAAACUGCAAGAUAUGGUAAAAAUUGUGCAAAAAUACAUGGGAUGGGAAUUCGCAAUCGUGGGAACACUCGAUGAAGCUGUCUACACUAGGCUGGCAACAGCGAACCUACCACUUGCCAUCUUGCCUCGACGCGAGAGUACCUGUGCGCAUACUGUCAAUCAAAAACCUGGCAGCGUGUUCAGCAUCACCGACAUGCCAGCCGAUUGGAGAUUCAAGUCGUCACCCCAUGUUGAGUAUGGUGGUCUAAAGAGCUAUGCAGGUACUCAACUGCGCCUCAAAACAGACAAAGGUGAAGAAAUUGCUCUAGGCUCACUUUGCAUCGCCUCCAAUACCGUAGAGAAGCCGUUGACACCGGAGCAGAAAGUAGCUCUGGUCAGUUUCGCGGCUAUGCUCACGAGUGAGAUCGUUAGUACCACGAGACAGAACCGUCUGCGGGCCAAACAAAGCAUGUCCGAGGCACUGAUGAAGCUCCAAGCCCACGAUUAUACUUGUCAAGAGGAAUUCGAAGCAGCCGUCUUAGACGUGGUCCGGGCCAUGUAUUCCUCUGCCAACGUUUCGAUACAGCACUCCACCGAUGAUACAUUGCUUCUCGAAGGAGGUACCAGCCUGCCUUUCACAACUGUCCAGUCCGGUCUCUGGGAGAACACCAGAUUAAUCGAUGAGGCAAUCACAUCAGGCAACCAGGCCAGGCUCUUCUCGACGCAAACAGCCCGGGCUGUGGUAGGCAAUUGUGCGAGGUAUAAUAUUUUUCUCGUCGUAUCAACUAACGAGAUGCAACGUGUCUAUGACGACUACGAUGCCUGGUUCGUCCGUUCAUGCGCCCAAAUGCUUGGAGAUUUUGUUCAACAACAACAUCUACAGGAAGCUCUGCGAGCCAAGGAGGCUUUCUUACGCGGAAUCACACAUCAGCUACGGACUCCGAUACAUGGGGUACUUACUUCAAGCGAGCUCCUAGCAGAGGAGCUGACAUCAAAGCACUGCACUCAGAGAUUGCAUGUUCGGAAUGAUUUCGAGACCGCUUUAUCCUACGUGUCCACUAUCCAAAGAUCCGGAACCGAACUCAUGUCUACUGUCAAUGACAUGCUCAAACUCAACAAUUGGUCACGCCAUAAGGCUCAAAAUAUCAGAGCACAGAGCUACAAUCUCCGCAAUCUGGAAGCUGACGUGAUGGCUGACAUCUUCUCAACAUUCUUCGACCACUAUCACAAAGAUGUGUCAAUAUCGUUCGAAGGCCAUGGUACAGUGCAGGAAAGCAUCGUUUCGCUCGAUCCUGUACUUCUCAAAGACGCUCUUCAGCCGCUCAUACUCAAUGCACUGCACGCUACCACGCACGGCACCAUUACCAUCUCGACCAAGGUGGAAAAUUCGGUACUUCAAUUCGAUAUCGUCGAUACUGGGUGCGGUAUUCCUAUCGAUGCCCAGGCACGAAUUUUUCAAGCUUUCGAAAAAGGUACUCCACAUGCCCGAGGUGCAGGCCUCGGUCUCACUUUGGCCAACCAAGCUGUCCAGCUGCUCGGCGGUACGUUGUCAAUUGUCGCUUCUACAGAAGGCGUAGGAUCCCACUUUCGGGUCGUCGUACCAGGUCUCGUCUUUGCUUGUGGUCCGCGCACGACCGAAGCUCAAGUUGAACUCAAAAGCCUCCCGAAACGAUUUUACCAGCUGCCGGGAUCAGGAGGGACUCCAAUACUCCUUUCGUUCCUGACCAGACAUUUGGUGCAACGAGGUUUCGUUGAGACAGCCAAUCCACAUGGCUCAUUGAUCAUCAUGGAGAAGCCCAAUCCCGAUGGCCUUGGUCUGCAAGUCGUCAAGAGUCUCAAAGACCCACAUACGAUUAUCUGCGUCACUUUGGACGAUGUCUCAACGUCGGGUCAUCUCAGCCUCCUGCAACAGAUGAUUCCGAUUCAUCACACAAUUGCCGUAUCAGGGCCGUUCUAUGCGGGCCGAAUAGAUCAAGCUCUUUUGAUGGCUGACCAGCAGUAUGCUCUCACGUCAGUUGAUAAGAACGUGGCCAGUCCGACGACAGGCAUAACCAAUGCGGCCGCUCUAACGACUGGCGAUCUUGCUUCACUUGCCGCUCUCAGUCUCUCUUCUCCUCAUCCCCUAAAGAAGGCCGUUUCAUCAUUCAGGGCUUUGCUCGUCGACGAUAACAGCGUCAACCUCCGAAUCCUGCGCAUGUACUGCGAAAAGCGAGCGAUUCCGUAUGUCUUGGCUACCGACGGCGAUGAGGCUAUCGAGCAGUUCCAACAGGCAUCCGUCAGCAAUCCGAUUCAUCUCAUACUCAUGGACCUCCAGAUGCCACGAUGUGAUGGACUCAUUGCAACUGCCAAAAUUCGGGCAUACGAGAAGGAAACCGACCUGAAACCAUGCACUAUUUUUAUGGUCACAGGUCAGGACUCACCUGGUGAUCGAUUAAUCUCGAUGGAGGCUGGUGCCAAUGAGUAUUUUGUCAAGCCCGUGAGCCUGAAACGACUCGACAAAGAGAUCGCGAGAUAUUUUAACAAGAGUUGAUGGCGCUGAUCUUGUCAUGAGAUUA